AGUGCCCCAGUGUGCAACACUAUGGCUACAGCGAUGAAGAAUCGGACCACGAGUCAGAGCGUGACUACGAUGAACAAGACAAUGGUGACUAUUACUCCGACGAUGAGGAAGAACGACAUCUCGCUGCAGCGAACGAUAACGAUAGACGUGCGGCAGCCGACGGCAUCCACGGCAGAAAAGACAAUCGACCACCAAAACGUGACCGUCAGGAACGUGACAACGGUCGUGAGGGGCGUUUCGCUAGUCGCGAACGUCGAUAUGGUAAUCGUCAGUACGGUCCAUGUGCAGCUUGCGGUGGACUAAACCAUUCAGCGCACUAUUGCUUCCGACGCUGCAAACUGUGCAAGCAAGUGUACGAUGCUGGCAAGUGCGAAGCAUUCCAAGAGCUCGCUAACCUCGUCAAGGUCAAGGUCGACAAGACAGAUCUGUCGCCCGAGCUACAGGGCCUCUUAGCCGAGCUUGCGGUCGAAGCGGAGUGUAUCUACGCUUUCGUAGGCAAGUGCGAAUGGCCAGAUCACGAUGGGAACUGUGAUGGGAACAGAGUGAAUUCGACGGACUUUGAAAAGAAGAGAGGCGCAAACCUCGGUGGAGGCGAACUUGGAGAUAAAGAGAGUGGUUUGAUUUCGAGUGUGAUGCAGCGGAGUGGUGGUGAGCGAAGACUCGCCAAGACGGUGAGACUGUUGCCUGGUGAACGAUUGGGGUGGUGGUCGUCAAAGAAGUUCGAUAGACGAGUGAGGAUGCGUGCUCUAGUUGAAGGAGCAGUAAAUGAUUCGCGAACGAAGAUACUCCUGGACACUGGAGCGAAUGUGAGUGUGAUAUCGACAAAGCUAGCGAGGCGAAGGGUCCGAGAUGUACCGGAUCACGGUCGAUACAUGGAAGUACAAGGAUUUACACAAGGAAAGCAGGGAACGUCUCGCCGAGCUCUGGUGAAAAUUACGCUUGGAUGGGAACGUGUUUACGAAUUUGAGCUGUGGGUGAUGGACCAUAGUGCAGGUGUUGAAGUAGUGCUGGGGACUGAUUUUAUGAUCCCGGCUGGCGUUCGCCUGGAACUUUUUCACGCGGCAGCGCAACUUCCGGAUGAGGUCAAGAUUCCGUUGAUCAAGACCAAGAACAUGGAAGGUGACGAAGGGUAUGGUACUCAUGUGACUGGAGCACCUACUGAAGACUUAUAUAUACCAGCACGAGAGUGGGCUGAGUUUCGUCUACAAAAGCGGCAGCCAUCGCCGGAAACACACGUUCUCUGGAUAAAACGAGACAAGGCAUGGGUUCCCACAGUUACGAGGACUCGCCGAGGACGGCCUGACUAUGUUCGAAUAACCAAUGUCACGGUCAAACAUGUGUGGUACUCGUCUCACUGGCCUGUGGUGCAGUGGGUACCUUUCGGGGACCUGCCGCGGGAAGCAGGUUAUGUAAGGCUCGAUUCGAAGAAGUAUACUGAGUGGCAAGUCAUCGCUUACGCGGAAUCACGAGAACCGGCCUUGCUGGAGAAGGGAUGUAAGCUCUACGAGGACUGGUUGUCAAAACAGCCACCGGCAGUAGAAAAGCCGGAUUAUGUGGCACCAACUGAAGUACAGAAACGACCUAUUGACGAAUUUGCUCACCGGCGUGACAACUGCCUUACGUGUGCUGGGCUAUGGGAACGAGUUCUCCGUGAAAACGGCGAACGAGGUGAGACUAUGGUAGACGGCGAAAAUGAUGAAGAAAUCCUAGAUACCAGCGCUGACGAUACUCCGGAGCCCGUACCAGCGGACUUUUCGCGCACGCUGUCUGCUCAAACUCCUCCUACGCGUGGCGCACGACCAGGUGUUAACGAAAGGUACACUGAUGUGUCCACCACUAGCAGCUCAGACGGUACUGCGGAAGAUGGUGACAAGAACAAGCCGUACCCUAGGGGUGACAGCGAAGUUCCGGUAUCGGUAUUGGAAAGAACUUAUAUUUCAGUCGCGCAAGUGCUGACUACGGAAGGCAGCGAGCCGACAGGGAAUGGAGAUGAUGACGUCGUCGAGCACGAGCCAAACGUGGUUGAACUCGAAGACUAUGCCCAAGAACUGGCAUUUUUACCGGACUUCACCGAAAUUUCGGUCACGGAGUUGGCCUACUCUGCACCGAAUGUCCAGAACGUGGCGCUAGAGACGGUUCAGCAAAAGAGUCUGGUGGAUGUGCUGAAGAAUCACGAACGCAUCAUGAUAUCAAGUGGUAACGCGCUUCCUCAGCCUGCAUACGGUGUUGUGUGUGACAUUAACGUCAAUGGUCAUGCUCCGAUAAAACAACGAGCCCGUCGAGUGCCGCUUCGACACUUGCGGAAGCUGUACGAGCUCAUCAAAGGGCUAUUGAUGGCUGGGCUAAUAGCAUUUUCAGAUAGCCCGUGGGCAUCGCCAAUUGUAACCGUGAUGAAGAAGAAUGGGCAAGAUAUCCGGUUAUGCAUCGACUACAAGAUGGUGAACGCAAUCACAGCGAUCAUGGAAUAUGCCAUGCCGCUAGUUGAUGAUUUGCUGACUGAUUUGGAGUCCUAUCUCUGGUUCUGUUCUCUUGACGCAGCCAGCGGAUUCUGGGCUAUAAUGAUGACGCUCAGGGCGCGGAAAAUUUCGGCGUUUGUCUGUGCACUGGGGCACUUUGAGUCGCUUCGAAUGCCGUUCGGCCUUAAGAACGCACCGAUGAUUUACCAGCGCAUGAUUGACAACGCACUGUGGGGUUUUGUACAUCCUAAGGGCGGCUGGAAGAACUACGCGAAGCUCAUGCAAGAGGCGGAAGAACAGUCAAAACAGCUACGAAGCACCAGUGGCGAGGUCUCGCCAGACCUGGCUACCUCCAAGACGAAGUUUGAUGCAGACCGUGAAGCGUCAGUGACACUGGAUCCAGUAACUCAGCUUAUUAACAGUCCUAUUGCGGACAUGUUUGUUAGUGGAGAACCCGACGAGUCUACGCUAGUGUCAGUGUUCGAACGCAGGUCUUUCGUUGACGAUAUUUGUUUCGGUGGCGAGACAUUCGACAGUUGCCUGGCUACUUUGGACCGUCUGUUAAGUUGCUUUGCUGAGUGUCGAAUCAGCGACAGUUUCAAGAAAAGCAUCUUUGUACAGUCGCGUGUGGACUUUCUGUCACAUGAAGUGUCCCCAGCCGGUAUCCGAGCAGAUCCCAAGAAGAUGGGCGCGAUUACUGAAUUGCCGUUCCCAACUACGAAGAAAGGGAUGCAGUCCUUCUUAGGUGCGCUGAACUAUUACAGCAGGUUUAUUCAAGAUUUUGCGGUGUACGGAGCGACGUUAUACCAGCUGAAGGACGAAGGUUUCGUUCCCAGUGGUGACCUCACGGUGGCUCGACGAAGCUUCGCUACGCUGAAGCAGAAGGUAGCGGAUGCGCCAAUCUUGCGACACUUCAACAGGGGCAAAGAUGUGCACAUCAUGUUAUUUGCCAACGAGUGGGCUCUAAGCACUACACUCAUGCAAGAACACGAAGGCACGCUACAUCCUGUCCGCUUCUGCGGUCGAGUUCUCGAAGAAGCGGAAAUGAAUUACCAUCCUGCCGAAAAAGAGGUGCUCGCGCUGCUCUUAUUGCUGAAAGUAUGUUAUACCCAGCUGGCAGGGCGAACCUUACACGUCUAUACGCGGUUUUCGACGCUCGACUGGGUACAUCGUUCAAAGUCACUGUUUGGUCGAGCUGUUCAGUUUUCAGUACUGCUAUCGCCAUGGCACUUGAAAGUGAAGCGGGUUAAGGAGAAGGAUUGCGCAUUUGCUCAACUCUUACAGUCUACGAUUACAAACUUCGUUGACCUCGAGGACUCGUUGGCAUCUAUAGCGCCACCGACGAAAGGCUCGCCUACAGUGCGUAUGGAUCCGAACUUGCUCUAUGCUUGA